UCACUUGUUCAAGCCAUCCCAUCCAUCGCCUCUCUUUCUUUCUCUUUAGGGUUUCCUCUUCCCCGUAUACCUUUCUAGCCAUUCCCCAAAACAUCUUCUUUACUUUGCAGUAUUCAUUUGCCCUUGGUUAUACUGUCUGGAUUUCAGUCACAAUGAGGAAUUUUGGAUCGCCUUGAUAUAUUCUUAAUUCCUUUUUUUGUUAUGUUUGCGUUCAAAAUCAUAGCUGCGAUCGCCUGAUUCAAGAAAAGAUUUGAAUAUUUUUUCGUUUGUGAAAUCGAGACUGGAGAAAAAAGGAAUUGCUAUGACUUCUACAGUUCCAGCAAAGUCUAAUAACCCACUUCACAACUUUGAUUUGCCUUAUUUGAAAUGGAAGAAGAAUCAGCACUCAAACAAUCACCAGCGCCGCCGAUCAAACAAGCUUUCUUCAGAUUCAUCCUCGCCGUCGCGGAAUGAUUCACCGCUGCGUCAAUCACAAUCUCAGUCUCCAAUGCGUGAAUCACUGGCGGCGGCGCGUUACUCGCCCAUGCGUGAUUCUGUUGCACGUCAGUCUCCUAUGCGUGAGCCUAUUCCGGGGUCUCGCCGUUCUCCGAUUCCUGAAUUUGUUGCGCCGGCUCGCCGGUCUCCGAUGCGUGAAUCCAUUACGGCGUUUCGCCAGUCUUCCAUGCGUGAUCCACGUCAGUCUCCGAUGAUGGAGUCUCUGCCGCAGCGUCAGUCUCCAAUGCACUGCGAAUCUGUUCCUGAAUCGGAAAAGGACAGAAGUGUUAUUGAGCAUCGUAGACAUUCACGAAUUUCAGCACCUGAGAGUUCAAAGAAAGGGAUCUGUGAGAAAUCAGAUAAGAAGCAUAAAGUACAAGAGAUUGAUGCAGCUGGCAAUAAAGAAGGCAGAUCGAAAAUCUUGCUCAAAAUCCCUCGGAAAAACAAGGCCGAAGAAAUCCAUGAAGAGCAAAAGGGGGAUGAAUCUCAAGAGGAGGGAAAAGGGGUUACUGCUGACGAGGAAGCUGCUGAAGAAUCAGCACCAAAGACAUGGAAUCUGAGACCCAGAAAGCCUAUACACAAAUCAUUGAAUCUGAAUGGAGGUCCAUUUCGAGCCAGUGGAUCGGUGAUGCAGGAGAACAAAUCUCAAUCACCUUACCUGAAUAUGAACAAGCCAGAAAAUAAUGAAUCCAACCCUCAGAAGAAGGAAAAAAUGCCUAGGUUUUCGAUAUCCCUCACCAGAGAAGAGAUUGAUGAAGAUAUAUAUGCUAUGGCUGGAUCAAAGGCUUCUAGAAGACCUAAGAAGAGAGUAAAGGCUGUUCAGAAACAACUUGAUACCCUCUUCCCUGGUUUAUGGCUAGCUUCAAUAACUCCUGAUUCGUAUAAAGUUUGUGAAAAUGUUCCAAAGGGUUAAAAGGAAUCCUUCAAAGGUGGUGGUUGUCCUUCGAAUGUCCUUUGGUUUUUGUGGAAGUUUGAAGGUGAUGGCUUCCAAAUUUUAUGAUUGCAUUUGGAGGUAUAAUCAGUUCUUAUCUGUAAAAGAAAGAUGAAAGGAAGAAUAAACUUUUUUUUUUCCUCUUGCUCUCCUUCAGCACUAGUUUUUCAUUAGGUUUCAGGAAUAGCAGCUGAAGUUUAGUUCUUGAUUUUUUUUAUGAUAAAGAAAGCUGAAGUUUAGUGUUUUUGAUUUCAUAUAGUUGCAGAUGUAAAUAUGGCUUUCUAACAAAUUAUUGGAAAUUUCUCUUUUGAUAACCUUAUGCUGUUUUUACUUCUUUCAAUGGUCCUCUUCUUGUUUGCCUUUAUUCUAAAAGACAGAAUGAGUAUAUCUGUAGUGGAAGGACCAGUUGUCACUAUGCGAGGAUGGUGUCCUUUAUUCCUUUUUCCCUUUCAGGAUGAAAAUUCUUACGGGCGGAUACAUGAUCUUAAUUCAGUCAAUAUAGUUUGUCCAAGAACAGUUUGAUUUGGUUUUCUGAAUGAAAUUUUGUUGUGGGUUUUGGAUUUUUUAAGGUUCAGGAAUGAUACUUUCAGCCUUAAACGAUGAACUGUUAAAAAUUGUUAUCCAACACAAAUUCUCUUCUUCCCAAAGCAUUAUUUGAGAGGUGGGAGGCUGGAAAUUAGCUAUAAGCUGAUAUAUGCGGAGGAGCGGCCAUUUUGACAUGACUACUCCUUCAUAUAUGCAUCAUCAUCCAGCCCACUGAGUAACAAGUACUAUAUAUCUGUUGAAGUAGGUUAGUGGGAGGUAAUAUAUCAUAUUUGAGCAUGUUAUUCCUUUUGAAUAUACCAAAGUAAAAUGGUUCUAUUACUUCUUGAGCUGCUACAUAUUUGAACUUUACAACUAACUCGUGGUUUUAGGCAGCCUUACACUGACCUGGCUUGGCUAAGUUAAGUGGAUAAGUUAUGAAGAUGAAGAACAUCAUCCAGGUUCCAACUGUGUAUUUUCUCAUAAUAGAGUUUUACCUUCUCAUCGUAGACAUUGUAAUUUCUUUCCCUGCUUCCUGAUCAUCAUCGGCAAGGAACCUGUAUGUUGGGGUUGCAACAUUCUGUGCGAUUGUAUGAUUGCAGAUUGCAGAUUGCUUAUAGUCAUUCUCUUUCCCCUCUUUAUGUGCAUUUGGGUGAUGGGUUAGUCUAAUCUGGGAUUCCUCUGUUUCUCGAUUUUCCUUUUUAGUUUAAUAUCAUGGUUUAAACCUUAUUUUGGGCUCACAGAACUAGAAGCUUUAUAAUUUGAGAUGAUAUAAACCUCUGUCAUCCUCUUCUUUGUCAUUUAUAGUGUUGCAGUUUAUUCUUCUAGUUGUGCAGUUCUUGUGCUAGACACCACUUACAGAAGAGCACUCAAGGUAAAGCCGAACAGUCGAUGAAGUGAGCAAGGUAAUAAAAGCCAUUGCUUGAUUGCUUAAAAUCAUGAAGCGACGCAAAAGCCAGGGGCACUAAAGCUUUGUGGGCAAAGCCAUGCACUUGUGAGAAUGUGCACCUCAAACAAUGACAUGCAAUAUUAUCUCAACAAGCAGCAGCCAACUCAUUGAAUCUCAUCUCUUCUGAGUUGGAUUGUUAUCGGCAAUUGAAAAUUGUUUCUUAUAGUACGAUUUAUAUAUAUAUUUGGUAUUUUAAUUCUC